AUGGAAACACAAAUCGGAAUAAUUCCUGGCCAAAACCGUGGUACCGUAGACAUGGAACUAUUUAAUGAAACCAUCGCUAUGUUAAGUACAGGUUCCUCAGAUGAAAAACAAAAACAUAUUGAGAAAAUCGUAACCUCACCUGGGGACUACAUUCCACGCGUAUUCUAUUAUUUAUCCAACAUUUUAUAUAAGCAAGAGAAAAAAGAACAAGCGUAUUUUUGGUAUUAUUUUGGUCAGAUGCGGGCAAAAUAUGACUCGAUGAGAUGUGUCGAUGUAUUAGCAAGUCGAGCCCACGAUCUUCUGAAUAUGCAAUUUGAGCCAUUAAUUAUUCAAGAUAUGUUUAGUGAUUUGGAUGUCAUUGAACAGAUUCUUGAGAAAGUGAUUGAACUGAAUGAUAGUACACCAUAUAAUUAUGAUUAUCAUUGGAUUAAUGUUUAUGGACUAGAUAGUAUAUGUAGUAGAUUGUUCGACGACCAUGAUGAUAACAGAAAAAAGCCAUCAUUGAGUGUACCAAAAGAAGAAUGGAAUGAAAUUCGAGAAAGUGUACGAGAAUUUUAUCUCUCGGAACUUCAAGAAAUUAGAAAAAUGAAACAUGAACAACCAGAGAAUACCAAUUAUCCUAUCGCGCAAGCGCAAUCAGACAAAAUUUUGGAAGCUCUAACGUCACUAUCACUAGAUUCUUAUUCUUGCGAUGAAGAAAGUCAGACUAUAAAUCACACAAAUAGUGUGUGGCUGUGA